AACCGUUAAUCGGCGAAACCUGUUUCCGGUUCGGUCAAUACUAUGUGGUACGCUAAACAGCUUCUAAACCAGUAUUUGCGAUUAAUGCCACUGUUGCUGUUCUGGAAUUCUUCCCAUUAUGCUGCUUGUUGCAAAUAUGUCUUUCACACUCUCAACACUAAGAACCGAUUACUGUAGAUCAGCUCUGGUCCUCGAUUUUCGACAGCUUAACAAUUGUAACACUUUCGCCUCCCCCUUAUGCUUAACGAACUCCGGUGGAGUCGAAGAGAAAGUUCGCAGAAAUCACCAUCUGGCCGGUAUAUAAAAGAACGCACUUCACGAACGGGGUCAGUUUAGAGCAAACCAUAAUGUCAGCUCGUGUGGUAGUGAUUCUGACGACGGUGGUGUUGCUAGCUAUCCUUCCAUCCGUGGCCGGAAAUCCUUUCGGACAAAACGUCCCAAGAGUUUGCAUACAGGAUGGGUGUAUGCAUGGAUCUUGGAUGAGAAGCAUACACGGUGAACGGUACGAAGCGUUCAUAGGAGUACCAUUCGCAAAACCACCCACUGGAGCACUACGUUUUGCUAAUCCGGUACCAAACGAUCCCUGGGCGGACAAGGAUUUGGAUGCGUCGGGAAGAAUUCCUCGGGCACCAUGUUUGCAGCAAAAUCUCUUUCUACCCGAACGUGGAGUCGAGGGUAAGGAGGAUUGUCUAUAUCUUAACGUCUACAGACCAUUUCUGAGCAGCAAAAAAGAAGGAAAGCAGAACUCUACAGCAACGCUGCCAACACUCGUGUACAUCCAUGGUGGUGGCUUCCUAGCCGGUUACAACUCUCCUCUGGUGGCUGGAGCAGAAAAGCUCAUGGAUCAUCCGGUAAUACUGGUGACGAUUGCAUACCGUCUGGGAGCUUUUGGGUUUCUUUCGACCGGUGAUGAAGCGGCUAGCGGAAACUUUGGUCUUAAGGAUCAACGUCUAGCACUGCGUUGGGUCCAGCGCAAUAUUGAAGCUUUUGGUGGUGAUCCUAAGCUGGUGACGAUCAUGGGGCACAGUGCAGGCGGUGCUUCGGUACAUCUACAGCUAAUGCAUCUGGGCAACGAAGGUGUUUUUCAGCGUGCGAUCAGCCUUAGUGGAAAUGCGCUCACACCCUGGAGUGCUCCAAGGACGAAUCCGGAACAGCUUGCUCGCACACAAGCUGAGCUGUUGGGGAUAAAAGAUGCACACCAGAUGACUACUUCCGAGCUGGUGGAAACCCUUCGAAGUAUUGAUGCUGAUCGGUUCGUAUAUAGUUACAAAGGUUUUACGGUAAGUUUUAACGCUUAUUUAAUUGUGAUUUAUACUAAAAAAAAACAAAAUAAAUUUGCUUUCUACCAGAAUGGAUCACGCUAUCCGGUGAUUGUAUACGGACCUGUGGUAGAGUCAACUACCGUGAAAGAUGCUUUCUUAACGGACACUCCAAAAGAAUUAUGGUCCCUAGGAGAACAUCUUUCUGUGCCUUGGUUGACAGGAAUCGUGCCAAACGAUGGGUUCAUUUUUAGUGCGCCCAUACUGAAGGACACCGACUGUUCUGAGAAAACAUUUGCUCAACAGAAGACGCUCCUUCUGAACGUACUUGGAGGUGCGAAACAGUCAGACGCAUUGCCAACACUGAUGGAACACUUUUUCAAUAAUCAAUCCACGAAUGGGCAGUGUUUCACAAAGGAACAUGUUAACAUCCUGACUAAGGUCUUUAAUGAAGGCUUAUUUGAGUAUCCACUCAUACUAAGCGUAAGACAGCACGCUAAUCACACCCGAUCAAAAGCUCCCAUUUAUCUGUACAAAUUCAACUAUAAAGGUCCUCAUUCGUACUCCUCCAUAUUAGCUCCAGAUAACGAUCCACCACAGGAUUUCGGUAUUGUGCAUUGCGAUGAGCUGAUCUACAUUUUCCGUGCUCCCAUACUGUUUCCGGACUUCCGUCGGAACUCUCCGGAUGCAAAAGUUACCAAACAGAUGACAAAGUUGUUGGUAGACUUUGCACGAACAGGUGUUGCGCCUAAAAGCACAGAAGGCAAAACGAGCUCCAGUGAUUUUCCCCAAGCAUUGGAAUUGAUCAACUCAAACAGUGAGGAUGAACCACUUAUACAGAAGUAUACUAAUUUCUACAAUGAAGAUAUGUACAACUUUUGGACUCGUUUCUACAGUUACUAGAGAUAACAAGAACUAAAGUUGAAUGUAAUUAAAACUCCUGAG